GGUAGAGAGGGAGAGGUCCUGGGUGCUGCUGGGCUGCUGGGCAGCGCGUGCCUUCUUGGGCGCGUGGCGCUCUUGCUGGCAGGGCUGGGGGCGCGCGCAGGCUGCUUCCCUGCCGACCUCCUGUUGCAGCAGCAGCAACAGCAGCAGCAGCAGGAAGAGGAGCGUUCGCAUCGUCGUCGUGGGCUGCAGCAGAGGCGGCGCGGAGGAGACCCUCCCUGGUUCCCGAAGCGUCGCCUUCCUGCUGCUGCUGCUGCUGCUGCUGCUCCUGGGCGGGGACUGAGUGGCGAGGGAGAGCAACAAGAGCAGCAGCAGCAAGAGCAAGAGCAGCAGUGGCGGUGGCUGGAGGGUCAGUGGGGCUGCCCUCCUCCUCCUCCUCCUCCUCCGGCCCCGUGGAUGGACGAGCACCUGAGCCUGCUGCUCCGCUCCCCAGCGGCCGCCCCGUCCUCUUGCCGGCCGCCCCGGGGCCUGGGGGUGGGGGGCAGCAGCCACCACAACCUGGGCUACAUUGAGCAGCCUUUCCCCGAGGGCGCUGAGGAAGGGCAGGGGGAAGAGGAAGAGGAGGAAGGGGAAGAAGAGGAGGAGGAGGAGGAAGAGGAGCUCGAGGGGGGCAUGACGGUGGUGGGGGGAGAGGACCCCCUCCUGGACGACCCCCAGCCCCCCUGCCAUGCCCUGCUGGGGGGCGGAGAGCGCUAUGACCACCCGGCGGCCCACACGCUGCCCCCGGCUGGACACCCCCAGCACCCCAUGCUCGGAGGUGGUGGCGGAGGGGAGCACGAGUGCUGCGAGCGGGUGGUGAUCAACAUCUCUGGCCUGCGCUUUGAGACCCAGCUCAAGACCCUGGCCCAGUUCCCGGAGACCCUCCUGGGCGACCCCCGCAAGAGGAUGCGCUACUUCGACCCCCUGCGCAACGAAUAUUUCUUCGACCGCAACCGGCCCAGCUUCGACGCCAUCCUCUACUACUACCAGUCUGGAGGGCGCAUCCGACGCCCGGUCAAUGUGCCUAUCGACAUCUUCUCCGAGGAGAUCCGCUUCUACCAGUUGGGCGAGGAGGCCAUGGAGAAAUUCCGGGAGGAUGAGGGCUUCAUUCGCGAGGAGCAGAGGCCGCUGCCCGAGAAGGAGUUCCAGCGCCAGGUGUGGCUCCUCUUUGAGUACCCAGAAAGUUCUGGCCCGGCCCGGGGCAUCGCCAUCGUCUCUGUCUUAGUGAUCCUCAUCUCCAUUGUCAUUUUCUGCCUGGAAACCUUGCCCGAGUUCAGAGACGACCGCGACUAUGAGAGCACCGCAGGAACAUUUGGGACAGGUGUCGGUCCUUUCGUGGCAGAGGUUUUCACAAAUUCUUCAUCCCCUCCGACCUCCAUGGUGUCCUCUUUCACGGAUCCCUUUUUCGUGGUGGAGACACUGUGCAUUAUCUGGUUCUCCUUUGAGCUGCUUGUCCGCUUCUUUGCUUGCCCCAGCAAGCCCACCUUCUCCAAGAACAUUAUGAACAUCAUUGACAUUGUGGCCAUUAUACCUUACUUCAUCACCUUGGGGACCGAGCUGGCCGAGCGACAAGGGAAUGGUCAGCAAGCCAUGUCUCUCGCCAUUCUCAGAGUUAUCCGGCUAGUUAGAGUCUUCCGUAUAUUCAAGCUCUCCCGGCACUCCAAGGGGCUGCAGAUCUUGGGGCAGACCCUCAAGGCCAGCAUGAGAGAGCUGGGCUUGCUCAUUUUCUUCCUCUUCAUUGGAGUUAUCCUUUUUUCUAGUGCAGUCUACUUUGCGGAGGCUGAUGAUCCCAACUCAAGUUUCAGCAGUAUCCCCGAUGCCUUUUGGUGGGCUGUAGUGACCAUGACUACCGUGGGUUAUGGGGACAUGCACCCAAUCACGAUUGGGGGGAAAAUAGUAGGGUCUCUCUGUGCCAUAGCUGGGGUACUGACCAUUGCCUUGCCUGUGCCUGUGAUCGUCUCCAACUUCAAUUACUUUUACCACCGGGAAACCGAAGGUGAAGAACAAGCCCAGUAUAUGCAUGUAGGAAGCUGCCAGCACCUCUCCUCCACUGAGGAACUGAGGAAAGCGCGGAGCAACUCCACAAUAAGCAAGUCAGAGUACAUGGUGAUCGAAGAAGGUGGCAUCAGCAACAGUGCAUUCAAACAGGCUGCCUUUAAGACAGGCAACUGCACAGCCGUAAACAAUCCCAACUGUGUGAAUAUUAAAAAGAUCUUUACGGAUGUUUAAAAGAGACCCUAUACAUACAUACAUACAUACAUAUAUAUAUACGUAUACACACAUGCACACACACACAGAGGAGGGUCUGCGUAAUCGUUUAUUGUGAGGAACAUGCACCAUUGUCAGUCUUUGUGCUCUUGUUUCAUAUGUGUACUUUUCUGGUCCUUCCUUCUGACCAUAGGGAUUUUGGGAAGGUAGAAGAACCAAGCAGAUGUUAAGGGGGGAAAAAAGACAGAUAAGAGGAUUCAAAGAAGUACGUGCGUGCUGCUCCCUCAGGGAACAGGUUUUUGUUCUGCACUGUUUGAUGCAGGGCUGGGUUUUUUUGUUUUUGUUGAGAAACCUGUUUUCUUCUCUGAUUUUGCAAAGAGCAGCUCUGUUGCUGAUUUUCUGUUCCCUUGCCUAUCUGCACUUGUUGGACUGAAAGGUAUGAAGCAAAAGCAAAGUGGACAUCACCAUCUUGCAGACAGUGAGGAAAAAAAAAUACGAUGCUUUAAACUACACAGAGCAUCUCUACCAUCCUCUUGUAAAACGAUGCCUGCUUCUGAAACAUCUAACGUGUGAUGUGUGAGAGUUUAGUCUUGAUUUCUUUAUGCCAGGUUAGAGUCUGUGUGCUGUCUGAGUCUGCCCCAGGCGUUUGUGUAACCAUUUAGAUGGGAUGACAACCAAAGCCUCCCUUGUGGUUCUGGAUUUCUUUGGACCACAGAACCAAACAAUUUCUUUCCUGAGCCUGAAAUUCUUCCUAUGAGGUAUAGUGGGGAAUCUCUCUUCCCUACAGUAUGAGGUUGGAGGUUGAUUGACUGGAACAUAUCCUGAGUGUUUGGUGUUCUGCAUAUCAUGAAUUGCUAGGCUCCGAGUAAAUCACUGAUGAACUUUUGGCAGUGACUACAGCCUAAGCUGGGAACCUUAGAAAUAAACGGGAUAUUUCCAUCCAUUUCCAAUGCAUGUACGAUAAGCGGUUGCAUCUAUCGCAAGAAGAUUAAAGUGGCAAAUGCGCCUUGCAGCGGAAGUUACUAAUUUGGACUUGAGUGAUGCAGUUUCCAUAGCAAUUUGGUUUCCUGGGAAACUCCCAAAGGUUGUCAUGGCAUCCGUUGUCUCCCUCCCCCACUCCUGUGCUGUUUCCAUAGUAACCAUUCCAGAUGGUUCCAACUUCUGUGGUUCCACAGAAAAGCCUCUGCUCUGAUAAAUCACACACUCACAUGCAUACAUACACACGGCAUUAAUCCCGGAGAGAUUUGAGUGUGGAAACUACGGAAUGUUAUUCUGUAUGCAUCAUUUUCAGAUGGUCAAAAUUUCCACUGUUCUGAUGCCUGCAGGAUCAUGAAGAAAAGAAAGAAUAUGGGCUGGUCCUUGUGUUACAAUAGAAUCAAAACACCUGUUCCACUAAAACACCAGCAAACCCAAUUCUCGAAGUCUCCUUUGCAAUUUGGUACCUAAUAAUUGAAACUGGAAACGAAUCUUACUCAUUGUGCUACCUAACUACAUAGAAAAAUAAAAGAUGGCCCAGUCCUCUGCUUCUUUCAGGAUGAAUCAUUUAUUAAUUCAUGGUCCAUGACCUAGUUUUAUGCAAAAUACCCUUUCGUUUCGAAACAUGUGGCACUGAAGACGGCCCAAAAUGUUUAUACCAAAAGGAUGUAAAUCUAGGGAAAUAAACAUCAGCGAAUCACAAAGUAUUGAGCUGAGAAAUACUGAAAUCAUCAGGGGAUUGUAUGUUCAUCUUCUCCCAUCUACACACCUGAGGCUGUGGAAUAUCAGACAAGACACAGAACCCUUGCAGAGAUUCCCUCGCUCCUGAUUCCAGAAGCAAACUUCAGCUCCAUACCUGCAGCUGGAGCUGCAAGGACAAAACAUCCCAGAGAGAUCAGAACUAAGGCACAUGCAGCAGAACAAACCAAAACUCUGGACAAGCAUUCCAGGCCCUGCAGUGGACAAGUUUCAUGCAUUCUGUCAUGGCUGGGUCAUUACGUGGUAGCAAGAUGCGACAUGGGAUAAUGAAGAGACCUGGAAGUAAUGUGCAAACAUCAGGAAGGAGGAGGACCAACAGGGUUACACUGAAAGACCACAGAGGAGUGAUCUAGGAGAAGGUGGAAGGAAUGAGGGUGUCAGCUGUCUAUGACAUCAUCUUAACCAAUAAGGAAGAGGUGGUCAAUGUGAUUAAAGAAGCAG